GACGUAAUGAAGCCUCGUUUGCUAAAAUCACGUGACUUGGGCCAGUUUGAAACACGCUCCGAACCACUGAUUCGAAACAAAAGAUUCGUAAAUGUUUCGAAGCCUCAUGAAGCAGUGCUUCGAAAACGACCAUCACUAGUUUGUGUAUCCUCAGUGUUUUUCUCUCUUGAGUGUUUUAUUGAGUGUAAACAGAGUCUUGUCUCUGUGUAUUUUAGUGUUUAUGAUGAGAUGGAUGAGAUGUGCUGUAAAUCAGAAACUGAUCAGGGCUUACAGGAUGAGGAAUCUACUGAUCAAACCUCCACAGAGUCUCUGGAUUCUGUCUGGAACGCUGGAGAACAGCAGCAGAUCCUCACACACAAGAUUUGUUCAGUCAAACCUAUUGACUGCCCGAAGAUCAAAACUGAACCCACAGAAAUUAAAACCGAACUUACAGAAAUUAAAACGGAACCUACAGAAGAGGAAGAUCACAUUGAUGCUUUUAUUCCUUCAGAUAUGAAGAGUGAAUUGUGUUUAAAUGGAGAAACAUCUUCAACAUCAGAAGAGCGACUGACUGCACACACAGAACAGAAACUCUUCACCUGCACCAGAUCUGAGAUCAGCUUUACUACCUUACAAGAGAAGAAACUUCAUUCAGAAGAACACAGCAAGAAUAAGACAUUUCACUGUGAGCACUGUGGGAUAAACCUUUUUGCAACAACUUCUCAUAUUAAUGCUCACAUGAGGACACACAAUAAUAAAAAGCUUUUCCACUGCACUGAAUGUGACAAAUAUUUCAGCACCAAACAAACUCUUCAUGUUCACAAGAGAAUUCACACAAGAGAGAAACCAUACGAGUGUCCUCACUGUGAGAUGAGAUUUUCCUAUUUACACAGUCUUAAGGCACAUGUGCUUUUACACACCAAUGAGAGUCCGUACCAGUGCAGUGAAUGUGGAAAAACCUUUAGGGUUUUAGGCUCUUUAAAAUUACAUGAACAAAUACACAGUAAGGAGAAACUCUUUCAAUGUUCACACUGUGAUAAACAUUUUUGUCAGAAAGCUCAGCUGAAAGUUCAUGAGAGAAUUCAUACUGAAGAGAAACCUUACGUCUGCUUUCAAUGUGAUAAAAGCUUCUCUAGUUCAUCUAAUUUCAGUAAUCAUCAGAGAGUUCACACUGGAGAGAAACCUCAUCACUGUAGUGUCUGUGGGAGGAGUUUCAGUCGACAUCAACAUUUAGUGAAUCACCAGAGAACUCAUACAGGUGAAAAACCUUACAAAUGCUCUCAGUGUGAGAAGACGUUUACUCGAUUAGCUUCUUUAAAACUCCAUCAGAGAGAUCACACUGGAGAGAAACCUUACGUCUGCUCGAUCUGUGGAGAGAGAUUCACUAAAGCAGGACCGUUUAAGACUCAUCAGAAGAAACAUACUGAAGAACAAACCACACUGGAAUCAUCGUAACUUUCUUCUCCUUCUUUUAUUUCUUAACGCCAUUCCAGCAUCUACAGCUACAUUCAUGGCGAGAACCAGGUAAUCAGUUUUAUUCAGACAGAAGUUGGGGGAGGGACAAUUUGGUAUCUCCAAUUUGCCUAACUUGCAUGUUUUUGGCCUGUGGGAGGAAACCAGAGUACCCAGAGUAGAUCCACGCUGACACGGAGAACAUGCAGAAACUCCACACAGAAAGGCCACCUGCCCUAGUCGGGGCUCGAACCGGGAACCUUCUUGCUGUGAGGCAAGGGUGCUACCCACCCCAUCGUAGGAGAUGGUCCUCACUGCGGAACACAACGUCCAGGGGGCGGGGUUGGAUCUAGAUCCAACUCCUCCCACUUUAUAUACUUUGUUCCGCCAAAUGAACCAGUAUAUUUACGUUGUUGCAGCCCGCAAUAAGUUGCAACCUAUGGUCGCCAUUGUUUGCUCUUAUCAAUUUAAGUGUACGUUUGAUCAAUAAUAUAGUUGAGAAAGAUUCAUAAUUUAGAAAGUAUGGUGUAAGGGGAGGUAAGGACACGUUCCCGACAGUUUGAUAUCACUGAAGGGAUUUAUUUGUACAUUAUCCCACUUAUUACACAGCUAUUCCUAUACGAGUAAAUAUAAAAACAAAUUUAUUUGAUAUCUUUUAUUAGCAAAUAAAAAAAAGUAAACCAUCUACGAGGGAAACCUGUUUCCUAAUGGCUGUAAGCAAAGACGCGUUAAAACAAGUUCAAAAUCCAUACAAGAUAAACAUUCAAUUUAUUAAUUUCUAAAUAACAUGCCAUAGCCUAUAUAUUUUAAUAAUUAUGCAUAUUAAUACUGUAUGCAUUAAUAGGUCUUAAACUGCAUGAUUACUCGUAGUAGGCUUACCCGAAAUGUUUUACUCCAAAACAUUAUAGCAAAAAACUUACAUUUCACCCUAAAGGCACUACUUUUAUUGUAGUCAUAAGUAAAGUUAGUUUUUAUGUCAAAAUAAUAACUUAAUUUAGUUACGACUUAAUGCAGAACCGGUAACGCAGCAACACGUGUAUGACGUGUCUUGUGGUAAAACUGCCGACCAAUGGGAUCUCUGGAUCGGGAUCCAGCUCCGCCUCUGGAUCUUAAUCCAACCCCGCCCCCUGGAUGUUGCGUUCUGCAGUGAGGCGCUACUGCAUCGUAGCUUUCAGUUCAGUGAACUUUCAUGCAGAUUGUAAGCCAAACACAUUGUCUAUGAUGCAGAGGAUGUAGUUAUGUGUUUUGUUAGGAACAAGCCAGAAGAUGUCAUGUUCAAGAUCUCAAUAAAUGUACAAACUUUUGUACAGCAUUUUUUCGCAUUAUUAGCGUCUUGUGAUGAAUCUAUUUAUUGUUUAUCCAAUUUAAUCUUGAAGACUUGAACAUAACUGAAUUUAAUAAUAUGGUUGGAUCAGAAUAAAAUGCUUUCACAACAGUGAUCUGUAAUAUUAUACUAGAAGUUUUCUUUUUUGUGAUUUGGUCUGCUUUUAAGCACAAAAAAUGUGUUGACAUCCACCUUAUUUAUUAUAUGUAAAUGUUGGCGCCACCAUCUUUGAGCUCUUUUGUGUAAGAUUUCCGGUGAGCCACCAAAGCUAAUGAUAGUCGUACUGCAAGUGACAGGAGUGUGUUGUUUUGAUUGGCUAGUUAAUGCUUAUUAUGAAAUCCAAGAAGACCGCCAUUAUUUGUGCAAGUUAGGGGUUCCCAUAAUAGCUGGUACAAACACAGUAAAUCUCUACAAAAAUUUUGUUUUACCAUAAUCCACGCACCAGAGCUGAAUUUAGAUGUGACGCACGUGCAUCCAUGAUCUGUAUUCACAAAUCCAUCCAGUAAAAUCUUUAAAAGAAACUCCCAGUAAAUAAUAAAUACAAUAAUUGUUCAAAAACAACGAAUAUAGUGCCAAUUCAGCUGGUUUAUUUAUUCUGCUAUUAUAUAUUAUUACAAAAAUGUGCUUUAAGUUCAGAAUAUAUACGACAUAAACUGCUUAUUAGUUGUUUAUAAUAUGUCUGUGUAAACUUUGUGCGUACUUUUGUUAUGUUUAAAAUGAGAAAGUAAAGAAUUUCCUUGAUUGACUGCCAAUGUUUCCCUCUAGUGUGUA